CGAGAUCGCGCCCUUUUCUGGUCGCCGGUGGACGGCGGCGUUGUGCAACAGCGACCGCCGCCGCUGCCACCACCUCCGUAAAGAAAGAGGUUAGGUAUUUUACGACGCGUUGGUCAGGUGGUGUCCGAAUUCGUCGGCGCCGAUUCCGCGCUGCGUCCAUUCCCCGGCGUGGCGCCGCGGAGUCGCUAUUUAUCGAACAGCGGGUAGAUCGCGUGGGCAAGGGCUGCCGGGAUUGCUCGCGCGACGUAACACACACGUGGGGUACUCCGGUGUCUGCUGCGCGGGAAUCUCUUUUCCGUGAAAAAAGUUGCAUGAAUCGGACGCGAAUCUGCUAAGAGAAAUUUCCUCCUCGGAGCUAUGAAUUGUUAUCUUCCGUUUGUACGCGUAUGUCAAAGGCACAUGAAAAUAUUCAAAUUAUAUUCUACUUUUAUUUACUUUUUCUUCGAACACUUUACAUCAUGACUUCCCCGAUCUCGUUAUUUUCGCAGUUCGGGCGAUCAUCUCAUCUGCACGAUGUAAACGUCACAAUAUUGUUGCGUAGCGCGCCCCUAUUUUGUUUUAUUUAAAAUAUAUUCCAUUUAAGAUAUAGCGCGUAGAAUUACAAGGGACGUCCUGAAAACAUCCAGAGGAUAUCCCUUGAUUAAGGUGUGGGAUAUUCUUGUAAUUUAUACUUUUCCUUACUGCCUUCGUUUCGUAAUUCUGUCUCACAGUUAAUUUGUUGUGCUCGUAAUUAUUUUCAACGUGUCCUCUAACUGACAUACGACUUGUCCUCCGUUGUUUUGACGGACAACUGCAAGUUGACAACUUUUGAUUGAUAGCUGGCGUAUUCAGUGAGAUAUAACGAGAGAAAAAAAAAGACAAAUAUCGGGUGACGGUUUAUUGACAAUCGCAAAGUAAACGUCAUCAUCGGGAAAAUAAUCGUGCUCCAGAUUCGCGAACUGCGAUCUAACAAAAAUCACUAUCCGCGCAAAGCGAGUUAUAUAACUUAAUAACUAGCAUCGGAUCGUUUAAUAUUUCUUUGAGCGCUUCGCAGUCCAUAUUAAAUCUGCGAAACGGAAAUGCUUUAUUAAUUUCACGCUUCGGCUGCACGGCCGAGAAAUACGAUACGAUAAACAUACGAUAAAAAGAAUCUACAUAGAUGAACCGGUAAAAUCCCCGAUGACUUAGUGAAAAAUAUAAAAAACAACAUUAAAUGUAAUUUAUCGAGAGCUUCAUACGCACGUUAUAAAUUCUUUCAAAUUCUUCGCGCUAAAAUUUCGUUCCAAGGAGUCUUUCUUCAAUUUGUAGAACCUUUUUUCUCUUUUCAUAAUUCCAUAAUUUCAUAAUUCCAUAAAUUCAAUGAUUUCUUGAAUUUUUUCCGCAAUUCUUUUUAGUCUUUAUAACACAGUGUUGUCAUUUAAUUAUUAACUAUUGCAAACACAUCUCUUUUCGCAACUAAUCAUCAUAAAAACGGCCCGUGUAAGAAAGCGUCGACGAAUGUGUCGACGAAGCGUCGUGAAUUAAGGUCAAUGAGGUGUCUGGUGAUAUACUUUGCACUUGCUUAAAGUACUUUUGUGUUGCACAAUGUGAUUAGCAGCGACACUUAAGCGAAAGAUAAAACGCGAACAUUUCCUGGUCGCCGUCCAAGUAUUGUUUUAACAUCCCUCCCAGUUUUUCCGUGACAUAACGUCUUGUCGUUUCUUCGCGUAUCGAAAGGAAACGCAGACCACUUUUCGCUCAUUCUUUUGUCGCGAAAACGCGCUAAAAGGUAGAGAUCGUUCGUUCGUUCGUUCGCACAUUCUCGUAGUUGUUACGAGAAAAAAAUCGGUACAAUUUGUUCGUUUAUUUGUUCAGGUGAAAUAAUAAUGAGCGCAAUUUCGAUGGAAAAAGAGAAGCGGAGAAAAAUUGAGACUUAUCUCGUAUGCUCGCCAGACAGCAUUUACUUAGUUACGUAUAAAUUAUGUAACGCAGGUGUAACUCACUUACAUAACAUACAUUGAGAAGUUGAGAGAUUAUCAACUUUCUUUUUCCGUACCGCUUUUUAUAUGCAUGAUACAGCCUAGAAAUAUUUUCGAAAUUCGCGAAUAUUCCAUUCGAAUAGCUGCAUGUAAGAAAUCGUCCAUCGACACAUUUCGAUACCGACGUCGUUUGCGAAAACGGCGAUUUCUCGUUUCAACGCGCGAAAAUAUUUCGUAAAAUUCCUUCUUUCCUGCAGAAGAUAUCGGAGAGAAAGUGUAUUUUUCCUUUUUCAUCCCAACAUACGAUUUGAUAAUGAAUUCGAUGAAUGAAUGAAUUGGGGCACGUUUAAAAUCUUCGUUUGUGUGAAAUCUAACUUAACGUUCUCACUAUACGGACAUGCAUAUUAAUUUUCUUGCUGCCAGACACAUUGCCCAUUCCGCGUGACAUUGCUGCGAGGAAAUAUUUCAACGAAAAACCUGACUUCGACGACAUCAAAUGCAGUUUCAAUCAUUUAUUCAAAGUCACUCUCAUGUAUCCUUUCACGAAAAAACGAACGAGCGACCGAGCGCACUCGUUUCUGGUUACAUGACCGACGCCGCGACAUGUGUGUGCGGUUGCCGGAAAAAAAAGAAAAAAAGGGAGAAAAAGUAUCAAUUGCACGUUUCAGAUUGUCUGCGAACGAGCCGUGAGAUGCAACAGGGCCUAGCGAUCGGAUUUCACGUGAUUACUUUCCUGCAGUACGCUUUCGCGGUUUAUUACGAUUACACGUACACGAUAGUGCCGCACAAUGUCCUGAAGGGGCACGGCGCCUUUGGUGGGAAGUUCAAGUUUCUGACGUUCUGGGACGCGAUCUUGCAAGCGGUGUUCUUUCUGAUAUGCGUCCUGAACGACUGUUUCGGCACAAACGCCGUGAACCCCAAGAAGUUGCCCUUCAUACGAAAGCUGAAGGACGACUUACACGCGAGUCUCGGAUUUCCCAUCGCCAUGUUCGUCGGCGUCAUCUUCUGGACAUUGAUGUUCGUCGACCGUGAACUGGUAUUACCCAAGGCAUUGGACCCGUACUUUCCAUGGUGGUUGAAUCAUUUGCUGCACACGUUGAUUAUGGUAACGACCGUAUUGGAAAUGAUCGUCGCGCCGCGACAAUAUCCCAAGCGAUCCCGCGGUCUCGGGAUACUCGGAGGCUUCAUGUUCAUAUACUUAGCCUGGGUGCACGUGAUCUACUUCAAGAGCGGCGUCUGGGUGUACCCUGUGAUGGAGGUACUGACGUUACCGCUGCGGAUAGUUUUCAUCGUGGUGCUGCUGGUCAUCUGUAUGAUCCUGUACUUUGUCGGCGAGACGCUGAACAACUAUCUCUGGGGGAAAAAAUGUGUAGCGGUAACUGAGAGCGUGGAUCUGGAUUUGAAAACGUAGAAACCAGCCGCCAGACAGAUGGGGGAAAUCUUAGGUAUCUCUAAUGUACCGCCCAUCCGAAGAUGACAUCGCCGAAAACAUCUUCUUGCUACUAGUGAGAAGUGCCUUGGCGCGACCUGGUAUACGUGUUUACGGAAGGUGGAUUUUGACAAACACGUUCCUCGCGCGUGACCGCGCGGAAAACCGUUUUAUCAAGGUUUUACUGGAGAGCACUUCAAUGUUAUUUCCGCUAUGCGUAUGUUUCGGUAUCGGUUAGUGCUGUUACGGUUCAAGGGGUCAGGCCACCUUGGACGUUCGAAAAGUCGGAGUCCAUUUUUUGUAAUUUAUUUUAGUGAAAUGAAAUAAUAGUAAAAACAAGGUAGAAUUCAUUAAAUAUAUGAGUUAAAUAGAAUUUUUAAGUAUAAAAGUCAAUUAUUUAUGUUUGGACAUUGUUUAUAUAUUAGUAGUAAUUAAAUCUAUUACAUAAGACGAAUUUUCUUAGACUGUUUUAUAUACGUUUACCUUGUCUAUAUACGUUUUCUCCGAGCAGAGUGAUCUGAAAUUAAAUUAUUGAAAAAAUUUAAAACACUUUUUGUUUAUGCACUAACGUAGUCGAUUUUGGAAAUUCGAUGAAAUAAGAAAUUGAUACAGGUUUAAAGAAAAACUGUUUUUUUUUCGUUCUCGUAGUUUUUUGCCAAUUAAAACGGAUCUGUUACUUUGUUCCGAAAAACUCCUACAUCAGUGCAAAAAUAUUAAUUAGGAAUAUUUAGAUGUAUUAUACAUGUAAAUUAAACGAGUAGUUUAUGAAUUAUUGUGUGAACCAGUUUGAGAAAUAUGGUUUCGAGAUAAACACGUUCAAAGCUUUUCAAUAUAUUCUUAUUAUAUUACAUGCUUUUAUUCGGCAAUGCCUGCACCACAUACAAUGGAUUUUCUUCUUCUGUUAUCGAAUCAUUUGGAAGCCAAUUAUUGCUGUCUGUGUUAACUUCUUUUGGCGCGCUCCGUCGUCAUUCCUCGGCAAGACGCAAACAGAUUUCGUCUUCUUUUUAUCAUACACUUUGCGCAUUUGGUUCGAUAGUUGGUACAAUGUGUGUAUUAAUAAUAAUAUGCUGUUAUUGCCUUCAUUAAAAAUACUCAUAGCGAUUUGUGUCGCAACUUCAACUACUUCUAAGCGACUCUGAACGUUGUUUUGAGGGCACAUUUCCAAAUUAUAGAAUUGAAGCUUUCCUUAUUAUUUUAUAGGUAUAUAUUAUUAUUUUAGGGUAUAUCUACCUAAAUAACAUUCAAAUAAAUCAUUUCUGCUUAAAUCUUCAUAAAUUUCUAUGUCUUGAUCAUCCAGGCGUUCGAACAUAUUCAUUUCGCUAUUCAUACGCGACAUUAAUCGAGAAGCUGUGACUCGCAAAAUACUGCAAAUUUUCAAAUCAGACCACUUGUAUAUUAUUUUUAAGACUAUAAACAUUAAUUUAAACACCAAAAGAAAUCUCGAUUUUUGGAAGUGUCCAAAGUGGCCUAACCUCUCAAUUCGGCGAUCUCCAUUCAGUGAUAUGUAAGAGGCCUAAGGAUUAAUAUUCAUUGCCGUCGAUACUCCUAUAGGUUUUAUCGAAUAAGUUCAACGGACAGAUCUCUCUCCUCGAUAUUCUUUUGUGCCAAGGAAUCCUUUCCAAUCAGAGCAUACUUCAUCAACAAUUGAAGGAAUGCAUUGUCCGCGCUGUAUGCAUCUCUCACGUGGAGAUGUCAUAUGAGAUUGAAGUUAAAUUAAACACUGAGCCGGAUUUCAGCCUGGACUUUCUUCGGCGACUAGUUUCAGCGCUACUUUCGUAAAAGUAAUACACAUUUCGGUAUUACAUAUCAUCGUACAGCAGAGUUUUAUGCUGCACAAAAUUAAAAUAUCGAGAGAGCGGUAGAACCAAAUAUGGGAAAAGAUACGAUACGUACAAUGUGGUAUUCAUAUAUUAUAUAUAGACAUAUAUUGAUAAUAGUUAUGAAAUAUAUAUAUAUAUAUAUAUAUAUAUAUAUAUAUAUAUAAAGUACAAGGAGUAUAAAAAAAAACGUAGCUUAACGAAUAGUGUCCUUUAGUAGAGACAUUUGUCACAAAUAUCUAGCAAAAUGUAAUCUCUAGAAAUUUUUCCCAAUUGUGGAAUGUGACAGUUAUAAGACGAAUAACGUCUAUUAAUCAUUACCAUUAUCAACGAGGAUCGUUCGAUGUUUUGCAUCCUGCGAGCGUGAUUAUCACCAUAUUGCGUUAAGCAGUACGUAGUAAACAGAUAAUUUUCGUCUACCGGAUUAGCCAUUAAUUUAUUAGAAACUAGAUUAAUGAUAUAAUACUUGAGAGAAUGAUGAAAAACGAGUUUUAUUCAGCUGUUAAAAAAAUGUAUGUAUAAACAAGAUAUCUUACUGACAUUAGGUGUUCGAUACGAUAUUCUAACGAACGUUCCAAAGAUAGCACGGAACACCGUAGUUUCGAUUUCUCGGCGAAAGAAUAAUACUUGCAGCUGGGUACAUUUAGAACCACAUUACCGUAGACGCGUCGUGUUACUUAGCGCUCAAAGCGAGAUGUCAACAAAUGAGAUAUCGUGUUGAGAUUUGACUAGUAUUUUAACGAUAAUAAAAAUGUACAGAAAAUACCGACAGGCAUUAUUAUAGCUGGUACUCUUCGAUAUAUUGGAGUUUCGUCACCGCAUCCUAUGUAUACGAAUCGAACAACAGCCAGUAAAAAUCAUUAUCACAUGA